AUGAUCAUUCGCAUUCACGGUCAUGAGGCCGCGGUCGACGAAGCCGGCGUCCGUCGAGGCAACCUCGGACCGUGCUCUAUAUCCAACUAUGAGGUUCUGCCGUACGGCAUACAUACGCUGGAAGAGGUAUACGGCAAACGUUCGAAGCAGAGGACGCGCAUGAUACGAUGGAAGUCCAGGACGAGAAGACUUUGGGACCUUUCGAGAAUUAUUGGCACGGCGCGUAUUGCCGCACGCGGCAUCAUGCCCCUUCUUCCCGACGGUAUCGACCUCACGGAACUGGUGCACCGUUGUCGGCCUGAUUCUCCUAGGCCUGUCCUUACCGAUAUGAGCGACGGAUACAAAAGGGUCCCCAGCCUCUGGUUUCCUGAUGGCAACCUUGUCCUGCGUGUCGAUCGCCACCUCUUCCGCGUUCAUACCAGCAUCCUUUCUCUUCACUCAUCCUUCUUCCGGGAUAUGAGCGCUCUCUCAAAGCCGGAUGCAGGGGAAACAUACGAUGGCGCUGCCCUUGUCACGCUGAGUGACGAUGACCCGCGCGACGUGCGCCAGUUCCUCAAGGCCGUCUAUAUACCGCAAUACUUCCUACCAUAUCCUGCGCCUACCACCUUUCCUAUCAUCGAGGGUGUCUUGCGUAUAGCCCACAAGUACGACGCGCACAUCUUGCGCCGCACCGCACUGCAACUUCUCUGCAAAUCCAACGUGAUAGCAGAACAGAUGCUCGUCUACGCCUAUGCUCCAGAGGCCAUGUACCCGCGGGACUCGGCCUCUGCCAUAGCAGAAGUCAAGGCUAUCAUCACACUUGCUCGAGACGUACAAGCCCUCUGGCUUCUCCCCAACCUGAUGUAUAGGACCAUGUCCUGGGCGCCACACGAGCUAUUCUCUACCGAGAAUUGGGAGGGUCGCGACAGACGCCUAACUCAGGAGGACAUCAUACGUGUCCUUGCAGGCGCUCAAUCCCUACGAAAGCUUAGUAUUCCACACAACGUCCUCUUUGUAGAUGACCUUGGCUGCCCGCUUUUUCGGCCUUCGCAAACCUGCCUCCAGAGGCGCACCAUCUCUUUCAAUCAGGAUAUCCUCGUUGGCUUCCAGGAUGCACCGCUGACCUGUCUAACUUGGGUCAUUGACACCGCUGAAGUCGUGGAUCACAUGUGCCGGGAUUGCGCUGGGAAGCUUCGCAAGAAUUUCAGGGAGUGGCGUGUCGCUUUAUGGAGGCAGAUUCCCAAUGCUUUCGACCUUCCGGAGUGGCCAGAGCUGACGGCAAUGCAACAAAGCGAUCUGGAGCCACUACCUGUCAGCAAUCAAAGUGCCGAGGAUGAAUUAGAUUAG